AGUUCUAACCGAAAUAAAAAGCAUAAGUUUUAAAAAGUUUCGAUAAAGUCUUAAAAAUUUAAUGUUAAUAAUAAGCCGUCAAUUUAACCAUUUAGUCUUUUAAACAGUUGGUCAAAGUCGAUUUUAUCAAAUCGUGUAAUAAAUAAAAAUUUAAUUGUUAGAUAAUGCAUGUAGCUUACUGAAUAUUUUUUCGCCAAUAUUUACAUCAUCAUGACAGAUUUAACUGUCAAUUUGAAAAAAUAUUUUCACUACGAUUCGUUUAAAUCAAAGUUACAAGAAAAUGCAAUUAAGGAAAUUUGUAAACGUGAAAAAGAUGUAUUUAUUUCAAUGCCAACGGGUUCGGGUAAAUCGUUAUGCUAUCAGUUACCAGCCGUAAUUUGUGAGAAUCAAGUUGCAAUUGUUGUAUCACCAUUAUUGGCUUUAAUCAAAGAUCAAAUUGAUCACUUGAAUGAUUUGAAAAUUAAAGCCACAACAAUUAAUUCCAAAACUAGUGAAACUGAACGUAAAAAGUUGAUAGCUGAUUUAUUAGGCACUAAAUCUGAUACAAACACUUCAAAAAGUAAAUUAAAACAAACGAAAUUAUUCGAGAAAAUUGAAAAAACAUCGAAUACUUCGCAUAAGUUAUUGUAUAUAACACCCGAACAAGCGGCUACAAAAAAUUUCAAAUCGUUAUUUUCACAAUUAAUCGAGUUAAAUCGAAUUUCGUAUUUCGUGGUUGAUGAAGCACAUUGUGUAUCAGAAUGGGGACACGAUUUUCGACCCGAUUAUGUGCGUCUUGGAACAUAUCGCAGUUUAGCACCGAAUUUACCAUGGAUUGCAUUGACUGCAACUGCAUCCAAAGAUGUUACAAAAGAUGUGAUUGCAUCGUUAAGAUUACGUGAUAAAUAUAUUAAAUUUAAAGUGUCCAGUUUUCGUAAAAAUUUGUAUUAUGAUGUCGUUUUCCAGGAUAUUAUAUCAAAUCCUAUCGAGGAUUUAAAAGAAUUUAUUGGUACGUGUUUUAGAACGGAUCCAGAUAAUGAUAAAAGUUUGGAAAAAAAAGGUUGUGGAAUUAUUUAUUGUCGAACUCGUGCCGCUACAGAAAAUUUAUCAACAGAUUUACAAGAGAAAGGUGUAUCAGUGACAUGUUAUCAUGCUGGAUUAUCAAGUAAAGAACGACAAUCAGCUCAAGACAGAUGGCAAUCUGGUAUUAUACGUGUUAUAUGUGCUACGAAUAGUUUUGGUAUGGGUGUAGACAAAGCGUCCGUUAGAUUUGUUAUACAUUGGGGUGUUGCCUCAAGUAUUGCAUCGUACUAUCAAGAAUCUGGAAGAGCUGGUCGUGAUGGAAAACCAUCGAAAUGUCGAAUAUAUUAUUCACAAGUUGAUCGUAACGCAUUACAAUAUAAUUUACAACAACAAUUUUCUGAAUGUGAUACCGAUAAAAAAAAGAAAAUUGCUGAAAAUACGUUACAAAAUUUUUUGAAAAUGAUUGAAUAUUGUGAGACUGCCAAUUCUUGUCGACAUCUUCUAUUUUCUUCGUACUUCGAUGACACAAAGUUACCACCAUGUAAAACAAAAUGUGAUAUUUGUACGAAUAAAAAUGAAGUUUUACGAUUAAUUGAAGCGUACAAUUCAUCAACAAUUCAAUAUAAAUCUUAUGCUAAAAAGGAUUCUGAUGGAAACUUGGAAGAACUUUAUGAAGGUGGACGUAUGGAUCAGAAAAGACAGUUUGAAGAAUAUUUGCAAACAAAAAAUGAUAAUGACGGAGAUUAUGAUGGUGAUUAUUAUGAUAGUCGUGCCAAAAAAGAGACUACUGAAUUAAUAAAAAAACAAUUUACAUUACGAAAAGCGUCUGUGAUUUAUAACGAGAAUAGAAGUGAUGAAUCUGAUACAGAGGCUGCAAAGUAUGCACGAGUUCGAGCUGCUGAAUGUACAAAAAAUAAAGUAGCAAAUUUAACAAUAAUUGUACGUGAAAAAUAUCUAGAUACGAUAAUUACAGCGUUAAAAAAUAACUAUGAUUUGUACUCCGAUCAACGUUCAACCAAAUUGUUACGUUUUGAUAUUGAAGAUUGUGCAAAAGAUAUUGAAUAUAGUUCAUUUACAAAGUGUACCGUUUUAACUAUGUAUCGAGCAGCUAUUGCUAAACAAGUUUCCAAAAUAAAAAAUACAAAACAGCUUUAUGAUAAUUUAGUAACUUAUGAUCCAUCAACAAAUUGUAAAGGUACUCUAAAAAAUUUCCUACGUGAAACAGCAAAAUCAUCAAUUGAAGUCACUAAAGAUUUUGGUUUUAAAACGGCUAAAGAAGCUUAUAUAGAAAAUAAUAAAAAUAUUACAGAAAAGUCAAAUGAAUCUCAACAGAAACUUACAAAUACAUCUACAGAAAAAAAUACAAUGAAAUCAGUUAAACGAAAAAGUAAAAUAACUGAUUUAUUUGGUGAGAUCAAUGAAGAAAACCAAGUCAAUAAUCAAUCAUCAUCGUCGAAACGAAAUAAAACUGAAACAAUAGAUACGAUUAGGGAAAUUAAUAGUUUAGAUGUUCAAGACGUUCGUUCCUCUCCUAUUAAAGAAAAAUAUGAUAUUUCUAAAUCAAUAGACGAUAAAACAAUUAAAGUAAAAUUAGAAACUAGUGAAACGAAACAAGAUAAAAUAGUUGAUAAAAUUAAUGAAAAUGUUAAAGAAAAAUGUACCAAAAUGAAGGACAAUAAGGAAGAAUUUGUAAAAUUAGAACAUAUUAAUAAUGAAUUAGAAGAAAAUACUACAGAAACUACAGUAGACGAACAAAAAGAUUCUAGAAAAAUUAUUAAAACGGAAAUAAAUAUGGAAUUAAAAGAAAAUAAGUCUAGAAAAGUAGAAAAAUCGGAUUCAAAAUUAAUUGUACAAAUAGAUGAAUGUAAAAAAAAUGCUAAGAAAGCUAAAACGAAAGAAAAGCAACAGUUAAAAUUGGAGGAUAAAAGUGAUGACAAAAAGAAUUUAAAAUUAGAAAUCGAUACAAAGAAGCAAAAUAUCGCUAUAUUAGUUGUAAAUUUACUGACACCCGCAUACAAAGAAAAUCGAUUUGCUAACAAAGAUUUAUUUAAGAAAACUGCAAGAAAUAUUUCACAUUUACUUCUACACAAAGGACAUUCAGAUCAAGCUGUGGUAAAAAAGUUUGUUAAGCAGUUUUUAAAACAACAUCGUAAAAUAACAACUGAAAAUGAUAUUAAUUUAAUGGAAUUGUGAAUUAUUGUUGCUCGAAACAUAGAAGAAAAAUAUAGUUUUGAAACAAA